AUGACUUGGUCCCUCGAACGGCGGCACGGCACCACCACCACCUCUCCCUCCAAACCCCACACUAGGGCUCACCACCACGACCGUUGCAUACCCCCCAUAACCUUCGACAGAGCGACAGGCGGCCGACCUCCAUGCUCCACAUUCCCGCUCUUCGUCAAACUCCCAGUUGAACUAUACCACUCCGUCACAUCCCACUUGACAGAACCCGACUUGGAAUCCUUAGCCUUAGUUGACAUAGAUUGUUCACAGCUCGCGAGGACCGUACAGUUUGCGGAUGUCACGUUGGAUUUUAGUCUAGAAGCGAUGGGGGUGUUGGAGAAGUUGGCCGAGGAGUUGUGGGAGGGGGAGAACGAGAACGAGAACGAGGUCAAAGACGAAGACGAGGAUAUGAGCUCGUCGGAAGAGAAUCAGCUGAGAACACUGAGGAGAGGGGCUCGCAAAACCCGACUAAACCCCUGCAUCCGCCACCUCAAAAUCACCGAAGGCACAUUCGAGAUCCUCCCUCACGAAAUAGAAAAAUACCAAACGAUGUUCCCCCUCCUCUUCGGACGACACAGCAUUCGGUCAUAUGAAGACAUCCAAAGGGCGUAUUACACCUCUCUUUCAAUGAUUCUCGAACGAGGUCUUCCCAAUUUGUCGAGUCUAGAAUGGGAAACCCGAGGUACGAGGGCAAUGAUGGAUUUGACUUUGGGGUGUCUUGGGAUGAUAGCGGGGAGACCGUCGACAUCAGCCAGUCCUGUCCGACAGCUUUCAUUGAAUUUAGGGUACUUCACCCCUCGGAUAUGCCUCACGUCAAUGGAUGUGAAUCUAGAAACGGGAACCGGAUGCUGGGGCUGGGCACUGGAAACCUUGGUUCUGGAUGUGGGUUCAGCGGAUAACCCAGUCAUACCGGAAUCUGAAUCUUCGGAACACGGAGGGUGUGGGGGAUGUGGAUGCUUCGCAGUGGAUUUAUUGAGAUGUGUUUCGAAGAAUUUGAAGAGUUUGGUGUGGAAAGAUGCCGGGAGUCAUCACCAUUCGUUUGGAUACGGCGGUCGAACCAUUUCGUUUCCUAAACUCCAGUCGGUGGCUUUGGACGGCAUCAGAAUGAGAGAUUUUACAGUUCUUGAUGCUUUGUUGGGAGAGAACACGCGCGUCAACUGCCUCAAGGUGGAUGUGGAAAGUAUGACAGCGAGGAAUUUCCUGAACGAGCGAGGGCAUAUCACCUCUUUAGAGAGCUUCCACUGGACGACGAGCCGUCGAUCUAGGGAACCUUCAGCUGCAGAUGAUUCAAUUGCAUCUCUGCUUCCGUUCAUCUCGGCCAACGACCAGCUACGCUCCAUCAGCGGCAGCUCCCCAAUGUCUCCAUCGUUCAUCGAAGAACACCUCCUUCCCCUAGUCGUCCACCCCGCGAGUCUGUCGUCAUCGUCAAUUCCAUUCUUUGACCAGCUAACUUCAUUACACAUCGUCUGGAAUUCGACUUCCAUCCCCGAAUCUGCUUUACGCGUCAUCGGCUCCCUAAGGUCUCUUAACCGCCUCUGGUUAUCCGCCGGUACGCAGUUCGGGUGGAGAACGGAUUGGAAGGUUGACCAUGAACUCCUCGCUGAGACUCUGAAACCCCUCAUCAACCUCAAAACCCUCGUCGUCACGCGCGAUUCGUACGAAGUCAGAGGACAUCCUUUGUUGGACUGUAGCAUCGAGCGGUACUACGCUAACCGGGUGCUCCCCAAGGAGGAGGUGUUUGCUGAGUACCUGUCGCAAGAUGAAAUCGCGUUGUUGGAGAAGUUUUUCGGAAUGACGAGGGAUGGAAGUAUGCCGUUUGAGCAGGCCAGGGCGCUGCAUAGUAAGCUGUUGAAGACGGCAUGGGAGAGGUGGCAUCAGUGUAAGAUGGUGGAUGUGGUGAAGAAAUGUUAUGUAGUUGGCAUCCCGAGUUUGGAAAAAUGUUUUGUGGGGCAGUAUUGGUUUGCGAUUGAGAGACGAGAGAGGAUGGUGGAAGGGGGAUUCGCCUCUGCUGAUGAAGGAGCGAUAAUGAUUCUCCCUAUACAUGCUGCGAGGUGUGGAGUUGAGGGGGUGAACAGAUGGUGGGGGCUCUAG